UCUGUACCAAGAAGCAGUUAGGGGAAGUUGACCAUUGAGUAACGGCUUGCCUCGGUUGAUUGCUGGAUCGGUUGAUUGCUGGAAUUCGGAGCCAAGAGUCAGAGGGAGGCGGCUGUCUUUGUUGCUCCUUAGGCAGUGUUUACCUCUAGGGCUGGCUGGUUUUAUUUCAUCCUCCUCAUCCAAGUGUUCCUUGAAAUGAGGUUAGAUCGCAGACUGUACUCAAUCGCCCUUCCUGGGGUUACACUGUGAACGGAUGGGGAAAUGGCGGGGACCGGGAACUGGCUUUUGAGACACCACGGCUUGGGGACGAAGGGAUGUGAAGAAGGGGACCUUCCCGGGAGGGUUCCUCGCUGAGCAAUCUUCUCCGCGUCCGCCAGUAGGCGCCGCGGUGCUCGCCAUCCCGGCUCAGAGCCGGAGCCCCUGCCGCAGACACCCCGGGAGCGGCGCUGCGCUGCGGUGUGAGAGCCGGGCGGAGGCCUGAUCCCUGGGCUGCCUGCGAGCGCGACGCGGUGCCAGGGCUUCCCGGCUUUGUCGCUGGAGCUGGGGCGCAGCGGAUUUACGAUUCAGUUCACCCCGGCAGGAAACGUUCAGAACCACCCCCACGCUGCGGUCCACAAAGCCCCGGAGUCCGCAGGCGGGAGGAGUCGGAUCCCCGACACUAUCCUGCUCCCGCCCAGCUCCCGCAUCAGGCCGUCGCCGGCCUCAUGAGGACCUCCCGGCCGGGGCGGAGAACCGGGCACUGCCCGGACCGCGAUCCUGCUGCGGCCUUUGGACGUUAGACAGGAUGCGGCUGGACCGCCGGGCCCUCUAUGCGCUAGUCUUGCUGCUCGCCUGUGCCUCGCUGGGUCUCCUGUACGCCAGCACUCGAGACGCGCCAAGUCUCCCGAACCCUCUGGCAUUGUGGUCGCCUCCACAAGGUCCCCCGAGGCUCGAUCUGCUAGACCUUGCCCCUGAGCCCCGCUACGCACACAUCCCGGUCAGGGUCAAAGAGCAAGUGGUGGGGCUGCUGGCUCAGAACAAUUGCAGUUGUGAGUCCAGGGGAGGGCGCUUUCCCUUGCCGUUCCUGAGACGGGUUCGGGCGACUGAUCUCACUAAAGCCUUUGAUGCCGAGGAGCUGAGGGCCGUUUCUGUCGCCAGGGAGCAGGAAUACCAGGCCUUCCUUGCAAGGAGCCGGUCCCUGGCUGACCAGCUGCUGAUAGCCCCUGCCAACUCCCCCUUACAGUAUCCCCUGCAGGGUGUGGAGGUUCAGCCCCUCAGGAGCAUCCUGGUGCCAGGACUGAGUCUGCAGGAAGCUUCUGUUCAGGAGAUAUAUCAGGUGAACCUGACCGCUUCCCUAGGCACCUGGGACGUGGCAGGGGAAGUAACAGGGGUGACCCUCACGGGAGAGGGGCAGCCGGAUCUCACCCUCACCAGCCCAGUUCUGGAUAAACUCAACCGGCAGCUGCAACUGGUGACUUACAGCAGCCGGAGCUAUCAGGCCAACACAGCAGACACAGUCCGGUUCUCCACCAAGGGACAUGAAGUUGCCUUCACCAUCCACAUAAGACAUCCCCCCAACCCCAGGCUGUACCUACCAGCACCCCUUCCCCGAGGAGGCCAGUACAACAUCAGUGCUCUGGUUACCAUUGCCACCAAGACCUUUCUUCGUUAUGAUCGGUUACGGACCCUCAUUGCCAGCAUCCGACGCUUUUACCCUACGGUCACCAUAAUCAUCGCUGACGACAGCGACAAACCAGAGCGCAUUAGCGACCCACACGUGGAGCACUAUUUCAUGCCCUUCGGCAAGGGUUGGUUCGCAGGUCGGAACCUGGCGGUGUCCCAAGUAACCACCAAAUACGUGCUAUGGGUGGACGACGACUUUGUCUUCACAGCGCGCACGCGACUGGAGAAGCUUGUGGACGUGCUAGAGAAGACGCCCCUGGACCUGGUCGGGGGCGCAGUGCGGGAGAUCUCGGGCUACGCUACCACCUACCGGCAGCUGCUGAGUGUGGAGCCGGGCGCCCCAGGCCUUGGGGACUGCCUCCGACAAAAGCAGGGUUUCCACCACGAGCUCGUUGGCUUCCCAAGCUGCGUGGUCACCGACGGCGUGGUCAACUUUUUCCUGGCGCGCACAGACAAAGUGCGCGAGGUGGGCUUUGACCCACGCCUCAACCGGGUGGCACAUCUGGAAUUCUUCCUGGAUGGACUUGGUUCCCUUCGUGUUGGCUCCUGCUCUAAUGUUGUUGUGGAUCAUGCAUCGAAGGUGAAGCUGCCGUGGACAUCAAAGGACACAGGGGCCGAAACUUAUGCCCGUUACCGGUACCCGGGAUCACUGGACCAAAGUCAGGUGGCCAAACAUCGCCUACUCUUCUUCAAACACCGGCUACAGUGCAUAACCGCCGAGUGACGUCUGGUUUGGGUCUUCACACUGUCAGGCUGGGCCUGCCUCCUUGUUCCUACCAGGAAUUUCCAGCAACUGCCGCCCCAAUCCUCACUGAGCACCCCACUGAUGAACAUCCUGGCUUCCCGACUCUUUCCACCAAUCUGAUUCUUAACAGGGGCUUGUCCUGGUGACACCCUUCCUUUCUGUGAGUGACCAGAGGCCUGAUGGAGCCAUAUCCUCCCCUACAGCCAGUGCCAAGUCCUCCCCCAACCCCAUUCCUAUGGGGCAGGAAAUGGGGAGGUUCACUUUCCAAGUGCCAAAGAGCCCAGAAGGACUCUAAGACCCUCAAAUGGAAACACUUUCACCUCCUGAAGUGAGCAGGGAAACUCCCAAUUUGCAACCCCAGGGACGUGCACCCCAGCUCUGGAUCCAGCGCCGUGUGUACCCGCUCCAACAUACCCCCACAGAAAGCACUGUGACUGUAGUUCUGUGGGGCUGGUGAACACACGGUGGUGAACACACGGUGGUGAACACACGGUGAAAGCCAUUUUUACUUGUGUCUCUGUGGUACUUUGGGUGUAGCGGGGCUUGGGGAGAUUGGAGAUAUCCACGUGGAGAUGCCUAGACCCACUCCACGGGCUUCGGGUACUCUCAGCUUCAUCUUAUUGGUUGCAUUAGGGAGGAGCUCAAGGACCGUGGCCUUCCUCACACUCUAAGUGACCGAGGUCAGACCCACACCGUGCAAAUCUUUGGGCCAGUAGGUUUCUGGAGAAGAGAAGUGGACAGUUGGACAGUCCAGGAGUAUUAGUGCCACAUUCCCUGGGACCCACCCGUGCUCUGGGAGCAUUUCACCCCUUAGUUCAGUUCUCCACCCUUGAUAAAGGGUGCCCGAGACUCUUGAA